ACACCCAAGGGUAAUAUCCACCAUGACCCGGGCAGAGAGAGAGAGGGAGAAGAGGAAGGAGCUGCUGAAGGAUGAGGAGAGAAGGAAGAAGUUGGAGGAUUUCAAUAAGCAGUGGAGAGAGCAGUCCCUGCUUAAAAAAAGGACUCAUCAGAAUCUGAAGGAGGAGAGGGAGAGGAUGAUGGAAAAGUACCUGGAGCAGAUGAAUCUGGAGGCUGAUGCUCAAAUCAACACCCGGUGUCUAACCACCCAACACAGCCACGAUUCCAACCACGGUCAGGCAUUGCCGGGAUGGGCCACAGGCCAACAAGUAAGCCAAGAGCCUGUUGGAUCUGGAGAUGGCCAGCAGGAGGGGCCAAGGAGGCAGCAGGCAUGGGCAGAGAACCAGGAGGGGAGUUCGGAGAACCAGCAGGAGUGGCCAGAGAACCAACAGGGGGUGCCAGAGAGCCAGCAGCUAGAAGCUCCAGAAGAGGCUGAAACUUCAGAGCCAACCUCCAAGAACAAGAAAAGGCCAGGCAUCUGGAAGAGAAUUAAGAUGAGCAUUCCUGACGUGCUGUCUGCCUAGAGCUGGAACUCGAUGAAGCCACAGUUCAACUGAGGUUACAUUGGUAAUUAAAAGUGUCGCCCAAUAAUUCCUCCUCCUCUUUAAGUCAUCAAGCCACAUUUCCUCCACAAAACAUUAUAUUCUCCUCAAGCCAGAAAGUACCCUCUUUAUCAAGGCAACAAACCAUCUAAGGUCAGUGACUCUCCUCCCCAGAGCAGAGAUUCUCAUCUUUAUCCAAGUUGAAUUCAUCUCUGCUCACCACCUCUACUGUCCUAGAAAAUAUCCCCAAAUGGACAUGGUUUAAACAGAAGUCCUCCCCUCAGACCAGUGGCUCCACAGACCAGAGUUUCUCAUCUUUAUUCAAGUUGAAUGCAACUCUGAUCAUUUCCACCACCUCACCUGUUAAGGGGAGGUGCUGAAAAGGAGGUCUGGGAGGAGGUCUGCAGGUAGCCUGGACCGGACCGGUAGCAGCUAAGUUGCUGGCUCCAUCCCCGGGCAGAGCUGCUCAAGUCAGGCCAGUGAUGUUUGUUGAUGUCAUUUUCGUUAGCAAAGUUGUACGCUUUAAUAAAAGCAGUUAUUAAAAAAGCAA